AUGACGGAUAACGGUACAGAGAAGAAAGUAAAAAUGUCAGAUUUAUUAUCUUUCGAUGGGGAGAUUACUGAAGAUCUAACAGAUCCGCAGCUGGAAGCUAGCACACCACAUGGUCCAAGAGUCAACGCGGCUAUCCAUACACGAUCCGAACUUCCAGCGUUUAAUAAAGAAGACCUCGAUUUCUGGUUCCUCAUGGUAGAAUCAGACUUUCGUGCAGCUAAAAUUACAGAUGAUGAUAUCAAAUUCAAUGAUAUCAUGAGGGCAUUAGAUCGAACAACAGCAAGGCAGUUAUCUGAUGUACUUCGAGAUCCUCCAGCAGAAAAUAAGUACGAGUACCUGAAAAAGGUCAUUCUCGACAGAUUUAAAAAUACCCGACAAGCGGAACUGCAUAAGCUGCUAGAAGAGAUGGUACUUGGAGAUAAAAGACCUUCAGAAUUGUUACGUGAAAUGAAAAAUCUAGCAAAGGAUAGUUUGAGUGACGAAGUCCUUCAUGAGUUGUGGUUGAAGCGUCUUCCUCAAAAAAUCGCACCACUCCUAGAAAUUUCAGAUACAAUUACUCUAAAUGCACUUGCUGAAAUAGCUGAUCGCGUUAUGUUACGUAUGAAAGAGCCAACCAUCAUGGCAACAUCUCAUGUUCGCAAACCAAGUGACUCAUUAGAAUUAACUUCAAUAAAAGAAACAGUGAAUGAACUAAAACGAGCUCUUACAUCAGUUCUCCAAGAGCUUGAAGAUAUGCGAGCUGAACGUAGAUCCCGGAGCCGUCAUAGGUCGUUCUCUAAGGCCUCAACAACGCGAUCGUCAUCACCUCAUUCCAAUGGGAAACGAUCAACGCUGCCAACCAUAGGGGCAGUGGAUGGUAGCGAUAAUAACAAUAACACCAUAUCUUCUGCAGAGCCCCGACUUCAUAUUUUUGACAAAUCAACAAAAUUAACAUUUUUAAUAGAUUCAGGAGCCGUAGUCUCUAUAAUUCCUGCUGAAUAUUUUCGUGGAGGAAGAUCACAAGCACAUUUUACAUUGUACGCAGCAAACUCUUCACAGAUUAGCACUUACGGGACAAAAACAUUGGAACCGAAUUUCAAUCUUCGCAGACCUUUUCCAUGGGCAUUCAUAAUAGCAGAUGUGGACACACCCAUAGUAGGUGCUGAUUUCCUAGCUCAUUAUGACCUUCUCAUUGAUCUUAAAAACAAGCAAUUAAUAGAUUCAACAACUUCAUUAUCAACGAAAGGUAAACUUCGUCAAACACAAUUUCUUGGAAUUUCAACAGUCAGCUCAGAUAUAAAUUGUUCUGAUCUGUUAAAAGAGUUUAUCAGUAUCACUAAGCCUUCAGAAAAUGCAAUAACACCUAGCAAAAUGGAAUUUGCACAUCGAAUUCCUACCACGGGACCUCCAGUUUCAGAAAGAUAUAGAAAAAUAUCAGGGGACAAAGCCGUAGCUGCUAAAACUGAUCUCCAAGACUUAUUAAGAAGAGGUAAACUUAGACCAUCCAGUAGUUCUUGGGCCAGCGCAAUACAUGUCGUCCAGAAGAGCGAAAAGGGGUGUUGGCGCACGUGUGGAGACUUUCGAAAGCUUAACGCAGUGACAGAACCAGAUAAAUAUGCGCCACCACAAAUUCAAUCCCUCUUUCCUCUUUUGCAUAAAAAAACGAAUGCGUCACAAACAUUCCAACGUUUCAUCGAUUCAGUUUUCCGAGAUCUGGAUUGUGUUUUCGUCUACAUUGAUGACAUCCUGGUAAUAUCAGAAAAUGAGCAGCAACAUCGUAGUCAUCUUCGUCAAGUCUUUAAAAAAUUACAAGAUCAUGCACUAUCUAUCAAUGUCAACAAAUAUAUAGUCUAUGUGAAAGGAGAAGAAAAUGUAGUCGCAGACGCACUCUCACGUAUCAAUGCAAUCACUAUGCCGAGCAUUCUUGACGCACAAACAAUUCAGCAAGCACAGGAAGCAGAUCAAGAACUUCCAGAGAUACUUGAAAGUCAAAUAUCAAUUAAUUUACAAGAAAUUGAAGUGGAACCUAAUGUAAAGAUUUACUGUGAUAUCACACAUAACAUCGUUCGUCCGUACAUUCCAGAAAGUCUUCGUAGACUGCAUUUGACACUAUUCAUAAUUUAUCACAUCCAAGUCGCAAAGUUACGUCACAACAACUGCGAGAAAAAUUUGUUUGGCCAGGUAUAA